CCGUGGGACCGGACCACCAGGAACCAAAAAUGGGAGCCAGUGCUAAAAUUAUUCUUUGUUUCAUCAUUGCAGCUAUAUGUGACGUCGCAUCAUCCAACGAAAAGGAGCCUCGGAAAGUGGGACUGCUAAUUCCUGAGAAAUUAAUAGGAGGCGUUAUAGACAUUGUGCAUAGCCACAAGCAAAAACCAUCGACCACCGUGCCCGUGCAAUCGAUCCAGCAGACGUAUCCAAAUCAACAGAUCUACGCCCCACAGCAGGGCUACCAACCCCAGUAUGGUAACCAGUGGAGCCAACAAAACUAUCAAAACCAGUUCCAAAAUCAAUAUCAAAACCAAUAUGGCAAUUAUCAAACGGCUAAUGGCAACUAUCCACCAGCUAAUGGCAACUAUCCACCAGCUAAUGGCAACUAUCCACCAGCUAAUGGCAACUAUCAAGCAGCAAAUGGAAAUUAUCAAUCAACGACGGGAAAUUACGUCUCCAAUUAUCCUGUGCCCAUUCAACAGGGUAAUUACGUUAGUCAGUCGCAAAAUCAAUACAUAACUCAUCCGCAGAACCAGGGAAAUUACGUUCAGAACCAAAAUCAGAAUCAGGGCAAUUAUAUUCAGAAUCAAGGCAAUUACGUUCAGAAUCAAGGCAAUUAUGUACCAAAUCAAGGCAAUUAUGUUGUUCAGAACCAGAAUCAAAAUCAGAAUUUGCAAUUUGCCGGGCAAAACGGUCAGAAUCAGUCCAAUAACCAAUUCCAAGGACAGGUAGUCAAUCAGGCGACAUCAGGUUCUGGGGGUGGUCAGAGUGGAUUUCAAGUAUCGGGCAGUCACCAAGCUGGCGGACCGGGGCCCACCUGUAUAUGUCAAGCAUGGACUAAACCGCAAACAGCUGGAGUGAACGAGCAGGGCCAGUUGAAACCAGAAGAAAAGAAAGAAUAGUAAAUUUAAAUGUUUAAGUUGCUUAAGUAACAAAUAGGUAGUAGUAAUUUAAAUAAUUAAGUAAUACGUAUUGUAUUUAUUUUUUAAUCAGUACUAUUUAUUCCUUCAAAAAAAGAUUAAAAUCAUUCUAUCUUUCCAAUUUAGUUUAAAUAU